AUGAAGGAGACAAUUGGAAGUAAAUCAAUCGUUCCAAAAUCUUGUGCAAGGCAGAAUACGUCGAGGGUGCACGCCAAGACCUGUGAAAGCCAAGAUUUGCAAGAACACUUCUCCUCUACAGUGGAAGCUCAACCUCAUCCACACCGAAGCACCGUAAACCAUCACUCCACAUCUUCGAUCUUCACCGAACAGAUCGUUUAUGUUGCUCUGAUGAAUUUCAUGCCACCACCAAUGACGCGUCUCCGUCGUCAAUCCAAUCAGUCACUGUUGCCAGACGUAAAUCUCCCUGACGAGGUUAUCACUGAAAUACUAUUGUGGCUUCCGGUAAAAUCUCUUAUGCAGAUGAAGUGCGUCAGUAAGUCAUGGAAAACUCUCAUCUCUAAUCCUUCAUUCAUUAAAAUGCACCUUAGUAGAUCUGCACGAAACCCGUACUUCUCAUCAGUAGUCCCUACACGGGGUUAUUAUUUCUUGGAAAAUCGUUCUAGUUUCAUACACUUCCCUGUUAGUUGUUUACUAGAAAACCGUUGGAUCAGACAUCCCAAGGAUCCCUACUACAGAUUGAGUGACAAGAACUGUCGCGUGGUUCUUGGUUCCUACAAUGGAAUGAUUUGUUUGGCCGGUUAUUGUAACGAGAGUACUAAGUAUAAAAAAGUGUGGUUCCGUUUCUGGAACCCUGCUACCAGAAAAAUAUCUGAUGUAUUAGGAUCUGAUGUCUAUUUUAAUGACAUGCAUAUUUCGAGAUUUUAUGUGUUUGUGUUUGGUUAUGAGAGUUUAACUGACACUUAUAAGGUUGUGUCAUUAAGUUCAACUGGUAACGAAGUGAAAGUCUUUAGUUUGGGUGAUAAUGUUUGGAGACAUAUUCGAAGAUUUCCAUUCGGUGCUAGACCAAUCUUCCGUAAUUCCAGUUUAUGUGAAGGUGUAUAUUUGGAUAACAAUGUUAAUUGGUUGGCCUAUCGUAGCGAUCGUAAUGGUGUUAAGAAAUUUGUGGUUAUUUCACUAGAUCUAGCUACGGAGACAUACACAGAGAUGCUUCUUCCUUUUGAUGAGGGGUUACAUGUAUGGGGAAAUGUUUGUGUGUUGAUGAACUCCCUAUGUGUUUAUCACGAUUUAAAGGAAACUGAUUUUGUUAUAUGGAAAUUGAUGGAAUUUGGAAAUGUAAAUUCUUGGACCCAAUUCCUUAAAUUUACCUAUCAAGAUGUUCAAUUCUAUCAUGAAAUUGAUCGUAGCGCACUUUUUAGAAUAAGACCAUUGCAUCUAUCUGAGAAUGGUGAUACUUUGGUUUUGGCAAACAACCAAAAUGACCGAGCAAUUCUCUACAACCGGAGAACGAAUAAAGCAAGGAAAACUAGAAUGUACAAUAACAUAUCUUGGUUAUCCAUCCAUGAUUAUGUCGAAAGCUUGGUUUUAAUCUGUUGA